AUGACAAUUAGUAACGGCACAAUAAUAAUUGAUGAUGGUGAUGGUAAUUCGGCUAAUACUUCUUCAAAUAAAAAAAGGAAAUUUGAAAUAAAUAAAGAUGAGAUAUCGCAUCUCUCGUUUAUUAUACAUGUACAUGGUAUUCUUCAACCAAAUGAGAAGGAAAAGAUAGUUACUGGUACACUAGCUAUUUUAUAUAUAUUAAAAAAUGCUGAUCGUAUUGUAGGUUUAGGAGCACCUGAGCCUUUGGCAAGAUUAUACAGUCGAAAUUAUUAUCGAGCAACAUGGAUUUUGAGUGCUUUGGAUGCUGGUUUUUUAACAGCAAUGUCUAUUCGGCCAAAAAUUUUAAGAGAUAUUAUGUCUCUGGUUUUUUCAAUUUAUUAUUUGGUUUUCGCCGAUCAAGCUGAUGAAAAAAUUCGUCGUAUACGUGCAACAAUUACUGUUGAACAUUUAAGAUGUUCGUUUGAAAAAACCAUGAAUCCAUAUCUGAGAUUUCUGAUCAAAUUAACACAUCCACGUCUUCAAAUAUUUAGAAAAAAAAUAAUCAUUCCACGUCCAAAAAAAAACUCACAUGGAACAAGACCCGUAAUUGGUUAUUUAUAUUAUUCUGAAAAUGAACAAUCCUUGAAAAAUAAUUGUGACAAAUUAAUAUUAAAUUAUUCUGGUGGUGGAUUCGUCGCAAUGAAUCCUAUAUGUCAUGAGGAUUAUUUAUGUAAUUGGGUAAAAAAAGUUCGAGUUCCUAUUCUUAGUAUCGAUUAUGGAAAAGCUCCUGAAUUUCCUUAUCCAUAUGCGUUGGAAGAAUGUUUCGACGCUUAUCAAAGUAUCAUGGAAUCUAAUGGAGAAGUUAUAGGAAUGGCUGGUUGGCAUGAUCAAAAUGGUAAUGAUAAAAAACAAAUCAGCAUUGUUUUAAUUGGUGAUUCAGCUUGGAUGCCUCAAGAUCAAUUAUCAGUAAUCAAAGCUGAAUCAGCAUCAACUAAUUCUAUUUCAUCGGAUGUUUUAGAAUCAAAAGAUCAUUUAGGUCAUAAAAGUCCUUUAGCUGUUGUUCCAGAUGUGAAAAAAGGAGGAUGGAAAAGAAAAUUUUCAAAAACAUCGCGUGAAAAAGAUAAAACUAUUGAAGAGCGCGUGAAAUUUUUGGAAGGUCAUGAAGUCGAAAGAGGAAAUGACAUUAGUGAAAAAAAUAAACGUACUUUGAUUGGUACACGACUUACUAUGACUAGUCGUGUGAGUUAUUUUAGUGAUCGAAUAAUUACUCCUGAUAUGAUGCGUGCAAUGGCAAUUUUAUACAUUGGACCUAAUAAUUGUCCUGAUUUUAAUGCUGAUUACUUGCUUUCACCAAUUAUUGCUCCAGAUGAGUUAUUAGCACAAUUUCCGAAAACAUACUUAUUAUGUGGAGAAAAAGACCCACUUGUUGACGAUACAAUAAUUUUUGCAGGAAGGCUACGCGAAGCGAAAAAAAAGAAAAGCUUGAUGACGUUGGUGACAGAUAAUGACAAAAAUAACAACAAUGACAAUAGUACUGACGAUAAUAUAGUACAAGUAAAGAUUAUUGAAGGAGUAAGUCAUGCAUUUUUACAAAUGUUGGCUUUUUUGCCUGAAUGCCGUGGUGCUAUUAGAACAGUUUCUCGUUGGUUCGUUGAAAACUCAUCAAAUCCAGAUACAAGUGAUUCAUCAAAUAAUGAUAGUCAUGAUAACGAUAACAUAACUCACCUACAUCCUCAUCAUCCACAUGUCACAUUACCAGAACCAGUGUUGACACCAGCUCAUGAACAUCAUGAUCAUUUUCUAUGGGAAAAAGAAAAUAUUUUGAAUGAGAAUGAAAUUUUGAAAAGACGUACGGAUACUUUUAUUAAACAUUUGGCAGAAGGUUGUAAUACUACAAUAGAACAAGAUGAUG